AUGGAAGAAGAAGAUAACAAGAAAACUAGUAGAAAUGUGGAUAUAUUAUGUAAUGAUUCUGUGUUUACAGAUAUAUUGGAUAACCAGAAAUUAAAUAAUGAUACUGCAGAUACAUACGGCAUAUUUGAUGAAAAAGUAUUUGAAAAAUCAAAAGGGAUGAUUACUGAGAUUACUCAUAAACCUGAAUUUUUCAAGCUAGUUGCUGAAGAAUUAUAUACUAUGUUUAAUGAGAAGUGUUCAACUGGAUAUAUAUCUGUGACAGAUUACAAGGAUACCAGCUCCAGUAUAAUUAAAGAACAAAGACAAAAUAUACAUGAAUAUGAGUUAAGUGUUGGGAUAGAAGAUACGGUGCUUGAUAUUUCUAAAUUGAAUGAAGUAUUGGGAGAGAAUGAUGAUAUUAUAGAUACAUUUACUGAUUAUAAUGGAAUUUUAGGUGAAGAUAAAGAUCAAUUGGACAACUUCCUCCUAUAG